AUGGGUAGUCGCUUGCGAGGUGGUGGCAGAAUUUCAGCUCCUUCUUAUCUUCGUACCGGAAGACGCGGAGUAUUUAAGGAAACUUGCUCAAAUAUAACAACUCGAAAGAACUCUGGACGCGCGCAUUUUAAAGCACUUUCGGCAAUAAAAAGAGAAGACGUCAUCACAGGGGACCCACACAAUAAUGUCUCGGAUUAUAUAUAUCAAAGACUUGGAAUAAACUUGCACCAACGACCUGAUCAUCCCCUUGGAAUAUUAAAAAAUGUAAUUGGCGACUAUUUUGACUCCAAGUUUGGAAAUAGUUCGUUCAAAAGAUUCGAUGACAUCCAUCCGAUAGUAUCAACUUUCGAGAACUUUGAUUCUGUGUUAGUACCUAAAGAUCACAUCUCCCGGUCAGUAAAUGAUACAUACUAUGUCAAUGCCGAUAGCGUGUUACGUUGUCACACUUCUGCGCAUCAACAUGAAAAACUGAAAGGUGGAGAAAAACAGUUUCUAGUCACAGGGGACGUUUAUCGCCGUGACACCAUUGAUGCUACACACUUUCCAGUUUUUCACCAAAUGGAAGGAGUGCGCGUUUUUGAUGCAGCAGAACUUAAUUCAGACCAUUUGAGCGAAGUUGAAGUUGUCAGCAAAGAAUUAAAAGAAACUUUAGAAGGAUUGGCGCAACAUCUUUUUGGUGAAGUAGAGAUGCGCUGGGUCGAUGCAUACUUUCCUUUUACAGAGCCUUCCUACGAGUUGGAAAUCUUUUUCAACGGUGAGUGGUUAGAGGUCCUCGGAUGUGGUGUCAUGCAGCAGUCUAUAUUAGAAGACUCCGGUAAUGCAGGGAAAAAGGCUUGGGCAUUUGGGCUUGGUCUAGAGCGUUUGGCAAUGGUUCUUUUUGACAUCCCAGAUAUUCGACUUUUCUGGUCAGAUGAUCCUCGAUUUAGCAAUCAGUUCAAAGCUCAAAUGUUCCGAGCUGGCGGUGUUGGCAUGAAAAAGUUUAAAAGCUAUUCUAAAUAUCCACCUUGCUUGAAAGACGUUUCGUUUUGGUUGCCAGAAAAAGUGACAAAUUUUACUGAGAAUAAUUUGUGCGAACUAGUCCGUGGGGUUGCUGGAAAUCUUGUAGAAGAAGUUAAGCUUAUCGAUGAGUUUCACAAUUCAAAAACAGGGAAGACAUCAAAUUGUUUUAGAAUAGUAUAUCGAUCCAUGGAGCGUUCUCUUACUGAUGAAGAGGUGAAUGAGCUGCAAGAUUCCGUGAGAACCAAAAUGGUAGAAGAGUUAGGUGUGACCCUUAGAUAA